AUGCGUAAUUUAAAAAAUGUUGUUACCUGUUUCUUCAAAGUUCGUAAAUAUUUGAAGGUAUCGGAAAGUGACAGGAGUCAGGUGUCAAAAUGGUUCUUUAAAUCUAAUUGGCAAAUCAUACGUAUCGAAGUUUACAUCGUCAAUUAUAACGGUGGCAUAAAAGAAUUCUUUCAGCGCGCAGAAGUGAAAGAACAGAGUGACGAAAACAGCAUACAAGAAGAUAAACAUUUUAGGAUCGGCGCAGCGAUGCAAAAAGAAAUCAAAUGCGAGGACGCGACGAACGAGGACGAAGAAUUAUUAACAUCGCAUGAGAACGCGAUACUCGCACUCUGUGCCAUUUGUCAUCUCACUCUCGGGAACAUAAACUCUAAUCUUAAUCAAAAUGUCUUUUGUUCCAAAGGGCAUGCUUUGUGUCAACGCUGCACGCAGCGGUUCGCAAUUCAAUCAGAUCCUGGUUGCAUACUAUGUCACGCGCAGCAUCAACAGUCCUGUACGAAUUUGUCGCGAGACAGCAACGUCAGUUUGAAUUCCUCGUACGGGCGAUCGAAGAAGCAGCAGCAGCAAAUGCCGCGGCCACAAUCGGAAUGUCAACCGAGGCAUCAUCAACGGCCGCAGCAAUGCGCUCCUACCAACUUCGAACAAUCCUAUAAUAAAUGUUGGAAUCAAAAUUACUACUCCAUGAUACCAAAUACCGAAAGAAACACGAUCGGAUAUUACAAUGACGACUUCGAGGAGACUCUGGACUAUGAACAGAUCAGGGAACAGCAGAACGUUCGUGAGGAACGUAAGGACAGCGGCGGCAAGCAGAGGCAGAGCUGUUGUAAUUUAUACAAAAAGGGAAAUAGGGAUUUGUACGAAGCGAAAGUCAACGGACAAAUUACCGCAGAAUGUUCUCGCAGACCGAUCCGAUGUCCGCGAAUCGACUGCGCGAUCAACGUAGCGUUUUCAGCAUUAACGCAUCAUUUUAUCUUCGAUCACCCGGAGGUGCCUAUUCUAAACGUCGAGCCGGGUAUAAAGAGCACACUGAUUAUAAGUUUCAGUGCACUGUCUUCCGGUUCCAGUCGAUGUCUAGCCCUCCUUCUAGUUUCCGGUAAACUCUCAGAACCUGUUGCAAGAUUAUUUAACGGCAGUCAGAUCAACCCGAAGUACCGAAAUCGUUUACCGUUACCGGUGUUAGCUGCUCGGUUGCAUAGCACUGAUGAGUACACGUUGAAUGAGAAGAUUGAUAAGCAGAAAAGUUUCGAGGAAAGGGACAUAAUCAUCGCCUGGGUCGCUGGAUUGGAUAUCGGGAAUUCGACAGACAAGCUUUUAUGCAGUAUUCAGGCUGUGGACAAGAUAGAUAAUGAAGGCUUACGUUCCCUAACAUACACAGGUCCGGUGAACUCAUUAAGAACAGCUCAAUGUCCGCGAGACAUUUUUUCAACAGGUGAUUGUAUAGUUUUGCACGAAGGUCUCCUCAGUCACAUUACAUCAGAUUGUGCUACGCUCAAUGUUAAUGUUACUGUACAUUAAAUAUAUUACAAAAGUGUAUAUGUA